CACCCGGUGAUUCUCAGUUUAGAUGGCGGAGGGGUGCGCGGCAUAAUUCAAUUAGGGCUGUUACGGGCUUUAGAGAAGCGCAUUGGCAUUCCGAUUGCGUCUCUGCCGGAUCUGUGCACUGGAACUAGUGUAGGCGCAUUGUCGACGAUUGACCUUGUUCUCAAUCAAUCUUCAGUCACGCAGUGUUUCAAUGCGUUCCCGGACCUGGCGCGAAACAUUUUUCGUCGUUCAUCAAAAAUCCCAAUUCCUCGUUGUAUCCGGUGGCUUGCCUCGGCGUUCAACUUGACCACAGAUGGUCUUUAUGACUCCGAUGGGCUGGCACAAAUCUUCAAAGCAGCUGUUGGCCCAUCUCGUCGCAUGUUCGAUGUUGCCACGGCUCGCCGUGCGGGUUGCCGGAUCGCCAUUGUGGCAAGUCGCACCUCCGAUGGUAAAGCCUGCGUAUUGGCCAAUUACCGAGGAAUAGGACCGCGCACCGCGAAUACCGCGUAUCAAUUUUUGGCGCCACAUGACGACCAGGAGAAUCCUUUUGUAUGGGAAGCAGCAAUAUGCAGUGUUGCAGCACCCUUUUACUUCCAGACAAAGAAUUUGCCAGGCCUUGGUGUCUUGCAAGAUGGUGGGGUCCGUGCGAACAAUCCGCUCGCCAUUGCAUUGCGAGAGUCGGGCAUUAUCUGGCCCAUGGCGAAACGACACGACCUUCUCCUCUCUGUCGGAACAGGCUUCUCCACAUCUACCCCCAGUGAUCCAACGGGCUUCCUGGGUCGAAUCUGGGAGGGUGCUCUUCCUCGACUGUUUCGGGCCAUGAUGUCCUCUCCAUCUAUGGACGGAAAGCAAGGGUUUUUGGAAGCUUUGAAUUACCUACCGCAUCUGUCGACGCCAGAUGCUUUCCGACUGGACCAGGAAAUCGAUGGAACACUCCCUGAAUUAGACGAUGUAUGCUGGCUGGAAGCGAUGUCGAAUAUGGAUUUUGCAGUGCCAGAUAAGCUUGUAAGGACUGUUCUCGCGUCCGCCUCGUUUUUCUUUGAGUUAGAUGAGUCCCCCACCCAGGUCAAUGCUUCCUUUCAUUGUCGAGGAUCUGUUCUUUGUUCACAGCCAAAUCCUGCCAAGAUCUUGCAGCGUAUUCUUGUCGAGUUCCCCGGCGCAAGGUUUCAGUCUAGUCAGGACCAUGAUCUAGGAAGCAUAGACCCAGUCGACAUCUGCCAGUCUUGUGGAUACUUCAGAAAGCGUGUUGCUUUUCGGGUCGCCAGCCUUGACGAGAGCAUCUCCAUUGAAAUUGCUAAUGAUACCUUUCGCGAAAGGAUUGGUGGUUUCCCCAAAUCGGCCCAGGAAUUUCUCGAUGAGCAAAAGGCUUACGCUCAGUUCGGUCGCGCAGAUCAUCAAAAUCUGGAAUGGCCGCGGCGGCGAUCUUGUUACUGCUAUCGUGGGUCGAAGCGACUAGUCCACUUCCUAGAACCUACUUUGGGGCAGAAAAGACGGCGGUUAUGA